AAUCUUAUUUAUGACGACGUGAUUCCUUUUAAGCAGCCAAAUCAGACAACGCGUAAUAAACAAACGAUCUUGGCAGCUCAGAAACCGUCUGUGCACGAUACGACGGAUGAUGGACGAUCGUCAAUCACACUUCAAGCGACCGAGUCCAGUGCGUCGACGUCAAAAUCUGAAACACUGGAUGAUCAGCCUCACGACGUAUAUCAUCUUCAAGCUCCGCCUGCACGCCUUAUGCGGCGAUCGGUUUCAUUUGAUACUUCUCAGCGACCUUUAUAUCAUCUUGAUCAAGACACAUGCCUGAAACCCACCUUGUCUUCCGAUGACAUCCUGGGUCUCGCAAAAGACGACGAUUCCCUGGACGAAUUUUUGUCAGACGUUGACAUUGAUCCAGCAGAAGCCCAUGACAGUAAUAUUGUGGGCGACAAACUUUCCAAGCGUUUGAGUGGUGGUCACUUUGGUUCCGCCGGGGGGCUAAUCUUCAGCACGUUACAACUCAAGGACAGUGAUCAAAGCAAAGAAUGGGGGUCCCGUAAAGCUCAAAGCGUGGACUGCAGCGAAUCCGAUUCCUUGGUCCCUGUCACUCCCCCUUUGCCUGACGAACCUGAAUGUCCGGGCGGUUUUGAAGGCCGUGAUAAUGAUGAAAUUGAUCAUCCGUUCUCCGCUUCCAGUUACGCUGAGCGAAUAUGGGAAGGUGACGAAACGGUUUAUUCCGACAUGGAACGAGUAGCCCAAUGGAUCGGCGAUGGAAAACCUGCCAGCACCGAAAUUCUAAAAUGCUAUAUGGGUUAUUUUGACUUUGAAAACCAGCCCUUGGAUGAAGCUUUCAGAACACUGUGUGGCAAAUUGCACUUGAAAGCUGAAGCUCAGCAGAUUGACCGCAUUCUCCAAUCCUUUGCUCAGCGCUACUGGGAUUGUAAUCCCAACUGUAUCUUUGGCAAUCGAGACGUAGUUCAUGCAAUUGUCUACUCGCUGCUUCUGCUCAAUACCGAUCUUCACGUAGCGCAAGGCGAGCGACGCAAGAUGUCACGUCCUGCAUUUGUUAGAAACACAAUGAGUGCUGUUACUGGCGAUGAGCAGCAACUGACAAUAGAUGAAGAACUGUGGACAGAUGAUUACAAACGUGCAAGCACGGUAACGUUCCAAUCCUCCGAAUGGACAUCCACCGCUCCACCUGAUAUGCGCCGGACGCCUAGUUUCAGAAGUGCUUGUAGUAAUCAAAGCAGUCAUGACCGUUUAAUGAAAAAUUCCACCGAAGGAUCCCCUCUGGUGGUCGGUAGUAAAGCUUGGCGGGCCGAAAUUGAAAUGAUACUCAAGCAUAUGUAUACAUCGAUUCGACAUCAUCAGAUUCUUCAUCCGUCGUAUACCGAAGACCCCAACAUGCGUGGUAGGGCUCGACGUCGUAGUCUUCAAGUCAUGAAUGGUAUUCGUACAAGCGCUUUUAAACGAAGUGUUGGUACCAUGAUCUGGAAAGCUACACGAGACAGUAUCUUUAUCAGUGAAAAUUCAGAGCUGGAGAAUCUCUAUGUACAUAAUGUGCUGCCGCCGAGCAGUCCACGAUCAACGUUAUCCACGAGUCGCGCCGGUUCAUUUCAACAGCAACGACGUCCCUCUUCAUCCUCCAUGCGCUCCAGUUUGUCCCAAGGUUCACAUCAUACCCAUGGCGGCCAUUCCACAUCCGCUACCACCUAUCAAUGCAUUGGACCACUGCUUCAUCAUUCUGAACUUCCUGCAUCCUAUACUGCUUCAGCACCAUACUACAAGGAAGGCACGAUUGUGCGUAAACAUUUACUAGAACGCGCCAAUCAAAAAGCCCGUCACCGAGAUUGGAAGGAGUGUUAUAUGGUGGUGCAUCAAGGCGAAAUACGCAUGUACAAAAUGGAUCCGGCACAACAACAGCAACAAUCUCAGAAUCGGAAAAGUAUGAUUCGAAGUAGUAUGAUGAUCAGCCGGACCAAUCUAGCUGGCACGGCCACGUCUGGACUCGAUACAUUAUUUGAACAUGGUACACAGUCUCUCGGUGCCGGUGAUUGGUUGUCCAAUGUACAAAUGAUUAGUCGAAUUGAUUUAAAGCAUACAUUAUCCAAUGCGCUUCCUUCCGGGUAUAGUCGUCAACGACCCCAUGCAUUUGCACUGCAGCAACCGAAUGGCGGGGUCUACCUAUUUCAAGUUGGAUCGGUGGAGCAAGUCAUGGAUUGGGUGUCCACCUGCAAUUAUUGGGCCGCUCGAGAAAGUAAGGAGCCCUUGACAGGAGGGGUUAGCAGCUUGGAGUACGGAUGGUCGGCUGCUUGUUUCGACAAUACCCCAUGUGUUAUUCACGAGUGGCAACCGCCUGUCCCACCAACCGUCAGUAGCACUUUGGAAGAAAAACCUCAGCUCGAUGCGUUGCACAGACACGUCAAAGAAUUAAAUGAAGAAUUAGAUAAACACCGAGAUUUGAAGCCAGACAUGGAAACUCGGUUUUCUUCGAAAGCAAGCAGUGAUGUGCAAGCCAUGACGAACUGGGAAAACAAAUCACAGUAUCUUUUACAUGAAAUCAUCAAAUACCAGAAUUAUUGCGACUCGAUAGAGAAGUCACUCGCUUUGCAGGACAAAGCAAUGCAAGAAUUGGCGUCAUAAGCAAAAAUAAUAAUAAUAAAAAAACCAAGAAUGAGUAGGGACGUACAAAUCGUGGUUGGUGAUACGUUGCCUUUUUUCAUUUUUCUCGUUUUCCCCAUUUGGGUGCCAUGCAAACCGUCUCCAUCGUUACCUGAGUUUCAACUCACCAUGUUGGUCAAUAUUUGGCAUCCAGUAACUAUAAAAGAAAAUAAGAGCGAAUAAAUAAAAA